UUCGUGAGUUUUUUAUAUGUACAUCUGCCGAAGCGGAGGAAUUUGGGGAGAUGAGCAAUAAUAAUGAGCUGGUGAGGUCCCUAACAGAGGGGACGCCGGCGCAAACUACGGUUCUUAGUGAGGUUGUCAAGCAGUGGACUGGACGAAGCAAGGCAGUUAUCUUCUGCGAGGGUGCUGGUAGCAUGGGUGGAACUGAACUGAGUGAACUCGUGCUGCUGCGCGAGGUCCUUGUGAAUCGCUACGGGUUUGAGGUGUUUGCUGUGACAGAUUCUAAUGCAAGUAAAAUGUCCGGCAUUCUCCAGGAAAUUGCUUCCUUGGGGACAAAGCGACUGUUCCUAUUUUGUCUAACGCAGUCUGACUCGCCAUCGUCACCGCUGACCUUUUCUUUCAAUGACGGUUCGGUCCUUCCUCUUCGUGAUGCACUGCAGGAGGCAUUGGACAUUGAGCGUGUUGUGUUGGUCCACUGCCAACGCAUGAAGCUGACCAUUCUGUCUGCGUUGAAUGGGCGUGGUGGGACAUUCCUUUCAGUAGAGCUCACGGAGGCAGCACGGAACGAGUUACGGGCGGGCCGCUGCUGGCUGUUUGAUAACUUGCUCACCCCUGCCGUCACAGAACUCCUUUCACUUGAUGAGAAACCCAUGUUGUGCCCAGAGGACCUGGUCACCUACACGAUUACGGCGUUGACGUCCCUCAGGGUGGAAUUUGGAAGCUUUACAGAGGGUGAAACGUUACGUAUGGGCUUCUUCGUUCCAUGUGACCUCGUUGAAUAG